AUGUUAACUUCCGGCAAUAUACUGUUACUUUACAGUUUGCCACUGCUGAUGGGUUAUCCAACUUUGAAUUGGAACUCUUCAAAUGCCUUAAGUAUAAGUUAUAUUCUGAGGAAAAUUGAUUUGGAGUGGAAAGUUAGCACAGUUAUCGUCAUGAACGCCUACAAAUCCCAGCUCAGCUGCCUCUGUGAUGUGGAUAUUAAAAUAGUUAGCACUAACACGACCGUUAAGCUAUUGAAUGCGGGCAACUCUAGCUCAUCUUCCAAGCGAGACAGCAGCGAACUGCUUUUAAUCCGCUGCCUACCGGAGAGAUUUUCUGCUGAGCUUUUGGAAGCAAUGCUCGAUUUCCUUCAAAAUAGGCGAAAUGUUCGAAUUCUUUUCAUUUGGAAUGAAGAAUAUACCGCCGCAGCGAGUAGAAAGCGUAUACGGUUGCAAAAACAGCAACAACUGCUCUUCGAAUAUUGCGCUGAAAUGCGUUUGCUCAAUGUAAUCGCCAUUUACCGAGACUACGUGAAGGACGGGCACUUCUACACGUUCAGCUAUUUUCCGGAAUUUCAUCUUGAACGAAAAACAAUGGACGAGGAUUGCUUCCCGAACCGCAUAAAGGACUUAAAAGGCAUUUCUUUACGAACUCUGCCCGAUCAAUUGGAGCCUUGGACAUUUGUGUGGCGUGAUCUGAACGGUAAAAUACAGAUUAGUGGCUUUUUUACUAAAAUUUUGCGAGAAUUUGCUAAACGCAUCAACGCCACACUUUCUUAUCCCUUGCCUGUGAAAGCAGAUGUCUUUAUAGAAGCAGGAACUUGGGUUUCCCUUUUACAAAAUGAUACAAUUGAUGUAGUUAGUGGAAUCGCGAUUGCGGGUGAUUCAAACAGCUUUGUGGACAUAAGCGCUACUGUACUGCCAGUGGAUUGGACAAUUAUGAUGCCUCUGCCAUCACGAAUACCCGACAGCGAAAUUUUCGUGUUCCUUCUCAAUUCAGUGUUGGGUCUUUUACUGCUCAGCCUACUCUUUAUAUUUUCUUCCGUCUUCACCUUUGAGAGUUUGAUUUUGCAACGCCGAACAUCCACCGAAUGUUUUCUCUUAUUCUGUUGGACACUCAUCAACGUAGUGCUUCGUGGUAUAAUUGGCCAACCGUCGUACGUUCGAGUAGAACUUUCAGCGAGAUUUUUGAAACGCUUCUUAUAUAUAAUACUCUUCUUAAGUGGAAUUUUUAUGAGUACCUUGAUAUCUGCAAGUCUUCAAUCAUAUCUGACUAGCAGUCUUCGUUAUCCGCGUAUAAAGCAUUUCGCAGAGCUGUACAACUCGGGACUAAAAGUAAAAGUAAGCAAAUAUGAGUAUGGCUUGCUUCCAAAAUAUUUCCCUCCGGAACAUCUUAAAAUAUUAGAUGACAUGCUGGUCAUUGUGCCCUCAUUUGAAGAAAUCCAACGACAACGAACUUUAUUGGAUCCACGGUAUGCUUUCACAAUACUCAGCCCAAUGUGGUUUGUCAUGAGCAAGUAUCAAUCUCACUUGCAGCAACCGCUUUUUUAUGUGAAUGAAGGUAUAUAUCUAAGUAAGGGUAUUCCGAUGGCCAUACCAUUGCAGAAGAAUUCAAUUUAUACGGACGCGCUCAAUAAUAUGAUCUAUGAAAUACAAAGCGUGGGGUUGUUGGCCUUAUGGACCGCCCAAGAGUAUGACGAUAUGGUGGCGGCAAAAAAACUGAACACCAUUAAUCCAGUAAACGAUGUGAGAAGUGAACGUUUGGACUUAAGUAGCUUCUACUGGCUUUGGUGGUUGUAUGGCGUCGGUGUAGGUGUAUCAAUUCUGGUGUUCUUUGCUGAACUUUGUUGUUAUGACAGAACGGUAAAGAAGAAACUGGCUAAGCAGAAAAGUGGAGAGCGAAAAAUUAUCAGCAGACAUGAGUACUCUUAG